AUAUACCGAAAUUAUUAAGUUUCUAGUGGCUACCAGUUUUCAGUGGUCAAAACCAGCUGCGGCGAAUCACUGCUAUUCAGACGGCGGAGCCAAUGUCUAUCUCAGCUCUCAACUCUUACCUCCCAAAGCCAUGCCCGCCGCCGCGCCCCUGUUCCCGACCUCCGCGAGCCACCUCUACCAAACUCUUCUCCCAACCCCCAACCCUCGCUACCCUCUCAGACCCCCACGUUCUCCGCCUAGCAGAGACUCUCGAGGACUCUAUCGCCUCCUCCUCCUCCUCCCCUCCUCCGCCGCUCCAGAAGCUCAGGGACAUCUCCUCCCAAUCCCUCCUCACUACGCCCUGGCCUUCUAGAAAAGACGAGCCCUUUAGGUUCACCGACACUUCCUUCAUCAGGAAUUCCCAAAUUCAUCCCGUAACCCUAGCGCCUACGCAGAAUUUGGACGCGCUAAGCGGUUUCGCCGAUUCGAUUUCCCCUAAUAUUGCAAUAAUCGACGGCUAUUUGGUGGAAUCGUUGUCGAAUUUAUCCGAAUUGCCCGAUGGGGUGUUUGUUGGGAGGCUGUCGGAUCUUAAUUCGAAGGGGUUGAUGGAGAAGGUGUCGAAAUACGUCUCCAAUUUUCAAGGGGACUUGUUUUGGUCUCUCAAUGGUGUGGGUGCUCCUGAUGUGGUUCUUGUGUAUGUGCCUGAGGGCUGCAAGGUUGAGAAACCGUUGCAUUUGAGAUUCUUUUCGAUGAAUAGGAGCUAUAAGGGCUCGAAAUCUCUGCCAAUUUCGAACCCGAGAGUGCUGGUUUUGGUUGAGAAAGGUGGGGAUAUUGGUAUAGUCGAGGAGUAUGUUGGUGGAGAUGGGGAUGACAGGUGUUAUUGGACGAAUUCAGUUAUGGAGGUCGUUGUUAGCGACGGGGCUAAGGUCUGCCACUCGUACAUCCAAACACAGUCAUUAGGUGCUGCACAUGUUAAGUGGACUUCAGUUUGCCAGGGAUCUAAAAGUGUCUAUGAGCUAAUUGAAGUCAGCACUGGUGGAAGACUGAGCCGGCACAAUGUCCAUGUGCAGCAAGAAGGGCCAGAUACUGUAACAGAAUUAUCAUCAUUUCACUUGUCAAUCGAUGAUCAGCUGCAAGACUUGCAUAGUAAGCUUGUCUUGGACCAUCCACGAGGUUUCUCACGGCAACUUCACAAGGUUAUUGUAGCACAUUCGCUAGGACAGGCUGUUUUUGAUGGAAAUGUUCAAGUCAACAGAGAAGCCCAGCAGACAGAUGCAGGACAACUGUCGAGGAGCCUCCUUUUGGAGCCUCGAGCAACUGUGAAUGUGAAACCGAACCUCCAAAUCAUAGCGGAUGACGUUAAAUGCUCCCACGGAGCUGCAAUCAGUGAUUUGGAAGAAGACCAGCUCUUCUACUUCCAAGCACGUGGGAUUGACAAAUCUGCUGCAAGAAAAGCUCUGAUUUUUUCAUUCGCAGCUGAGGUUAUAGAACAAUUCCCUGAUGCUACUCUCCAAAAGGAGGUUGAAAAUCUUAUUACAACAUUGCUUACUCCUGCACUUCCGUCAAGGUAAGACUCGAUCCAUUGCAUAACUUCUAUGAAGGGUUUACUUCUCUCCAUACCGUCUCGUCUGGAUAUGAAAGCCAUAUCAAAGUGAUAUUCAACAAUUCUUCAUCCAGUUAGUGGUUCAGCACAAGCUGCAAAAACUGGAUCAGAUAGAUUAUGGCAGGAUUGUCUGAGGAAAAUUUAACAUAUUCAUACACUUGCCUCCAUUCAGACUAAAUUAUAGAUUUGUGUUUUUCUGUUUUUCCUUGUACUUCAAAACAAAUAAACAGUAUAUAGGAUUAAUGAAAAUAAUGAAUGUUGGUACUUUGGUUUGUGUAUAGAUAGGCAGGGAAGCUACUCUCUUUUUACCAACUUGAAGAACAUCUCCAUUUGUAUCUAUAAGAAGAUAGAAUAAAUAAAUAAAUUCAGUUUCUCAGCA